UAUUUAGGGACGUCUAGGGAGUUUGGUGUUAUUUGCACCUGGCCACCACUUGGCGGAAAGUCAAACGGUUAAAAGUCAAAUUCGAACGUCAUAACGGUCAAGUGAGAGUUUUUGUGUUCAUUUUAAUUCUAAGUCGUAAAAACCGUACAUUUUGUGAUACCGUCGUAAUGUUAGUGUUAGUUAAUUAAUAAAAUGGAUUUAAAAAACGAAACUCCUUCGAAAUCGAAGAACCUGAUGAGCAAAGUAUUAAGCAACCCGAUGAACUGUGAUAGCCCCUUCAGACUCCUGCCCAACGUCUCGACGCCGCCUUCAAGGUUCGCCAAGAUCCUAAACCCCUUCGAGCCCCACUUGAUCGACCGUAUGCACCUCCCGACCUUCAGCCCCAGUGUUUUCGCCCAAGUCUCAACCCCAAAAACGGACAAAUUCAAGUGGACAAUCGACGAGAUCUCGAGCUUGAAGCCGGCCGACAUCGACGAAGACACACUCUCGCAGCACGUCUCGGACCACGACCCCACAAUCGAGUCGCUCGUGCAGGAAAAAAUCGACAAGUUUUUCAAGGAGAAAGCGAUCGUCCCCAGCCCCAUGACCCAACCCUGCCAGCAACUGCCCGCUUUGAUGUCGCCCCCGCGCUCCGACACGUGCGCCCAGACCGCGCUCUCCCUGCCCCCAGUGCUCCCCAAGCACGUGGAGGAGGCCCUCGCCCCCUAUUUUACAUAUCAGGAGAAGGACGAGUUUGGGGACUCGUCCCUUUACCGCAAACUGUUCGAGUUCGAGGGGCACAGCAGCCCCGCCACGUCCAGCCCUGCGCCCUCCACGGGGCUCUCCCCCAUCCAGUUCUCGCCGGAGUUCAGCCCGCAUUCGCCCAAGGCGAAGCUCGAGAGCACGCUGGAGAUGCCCGAGUUGCGGGACUGCACCCUGUCCCCCAUCGGGCGCUCGCCCCUGUCCCGGUCCGCGUGCAGGCUCAGCUUUUCGGCGCACAUGUCGGUGGAUGCGAGCAUGGUGGUCCCGGACGUGAAUAGGAGUCUCCAGGUGACCAGGCUCGAGCAGGAGGUUUCGUUCCAGCCCCUGGAGGAUGGGGGCCCCAUGGACUCGCUGGUCAACUGGGACAUGGAGUAUAAGCAAGUUUCGAUUUUGUCGCGGUCUCCAGUGAGCAGCCCCGAACGCUUGGAUUCUUCAAAUGGUGAUACGCCCCAUUCCCGAAUUUUCACUAGUCAGAGAAAAAGACUGUCGGAUAGUUUUAAAGACGAAGAGUUUGAGCGUGACGUUGAAAUGGUGGAGGAUGUGAUUAUGAAGCGGGUGAAGAAUAGACUGGGUGAAGACACCACUGAUGGUGGGUAUCACACGGGGGGCGUCACCUUGUGUGAGAGUUCCACGCAUAUGUUUGCGUCAACGCCGACCAAAAGCAAGCACUGAACGAGAUUAAGGCCUGUUUUUUUAUUAAUUAAUUAACUAGUGGCAAGGUAAGUUUUAAGAUACUAUCGUGACUAAAAAUGCUUGUGUUCGUUUUUACAAAACUAGAAGUCUUUUUUGGUUUGUAGUGGACAAAACAAUUAUUUUUGUUUAUGUGCAAUCGCCCCAAUAAAUGUUAUACAAGACUUUGAA